GCUCCCCCCUGGGGUUCCGGAUGGUGAGCGGCGAAGCAGCCGGGCGCCCGCGUCGCCGCCGCCGCCGGAAGACAGACGCCCCCCAAAGCCCUUCGCCUGGCUCGGACCCACGGAGCCGGCAGACCAGCACUCCGCAAGUGCGAGCUCAGGGAAGGGAGCGAGGCUUCCCAGAAGAGGUGCGUCUCGAGAAACAGGCAAAGUUGAAAGAGUUGGGGAGCCCGUGCGUUCCACGCAGAGGGCACAGCAUCAGCGAAGGCCCUGAGAUGGGGAUAUUGAGGCUCAAAAAGAAGAAUCUAACCCUGGGGUCAUGACCCUGAGGACAGACUACCCCAGCUGACUCCCCGUGACUCCCUGUGACAAGAGGAGUGUGUUCCUGAAAGUCCAGAGGAGAGACGGCGGCGAGGGAGGUUCAUGGAAGAGGAUAUAGGCUGUGGCUAAGGUGGGUCAGUGUCUGAGGAUGGAGCUAAGCUGGAGAGCAGGGGCAGAGGCCCUACUUCCUGGAGCCAGAGCUGCGGUCAGCAUACCUCCAUGUGGCCUGAUCAGAGGGAGUUCGAAGUGGCUGGACCCUGGGGCAACCCUGAGGGCAGAGCGGGGGCAGUAGGCUGGGCACAAGACACUGUGUGAUUGAGCAAAGGGGCAGAAUCUGUCCGGCACUGAGUGAGUGUGUGGGUGGUGUGGAGACCACGCGGAGGGGAGGGGAGGGGAGGAAGAAGUCAGCUCCACUGACCAGACGAGAGGGUACAGUGAGGAGGCUGGCGGGGGCCAGAGCUGCCUGUGAAGGCUCUUGAAUAUCAGGCUGAAGACCUCGGCCUUGAUGUUGUCGUCAGCAGUAGGGAGCUAUUAAAGUUUUUGGAGCAGGGACACGGUGUCAUGAGAAUGAUGAAUCUGGCACUAGGUGGAGCAGAUUCAGUAGAGGCAUUUGGAAGUGGGGAGCCCUCUGGGGGGCUGUCAUAGUUGAGCAGGCAAGAAAUGAUGAGGUCAGAUCAGAGAGACAGCUUGGACUAGUGGAAAGAGUGGGGCCCAGGAGACUACAGCCUUAGGUCUGCCUCACAUUUUCUUUUCUUCUCUUUUUUUGGCUGCGCUGGCGGCAUACAGAAGUUUCCGGGCCAGGGAUUGAACCCAUGCUACAGCAGUGACAAUGCCAGAUCCUUAACCACUAGGCCGUCAGGGAAUUCCUGCCUCGCAUUUUCUGGGCCCACCCUUUCCCCUCUGUGCCUGUUUCCCCUUCGGAUUGGCUUCUCUUUUUUUUUUUUUUUUUUUUUAACCCUUUGGGCUAAGGAUCUAUUUUGAGAAGAUGAUGGGUCUUCUCUUCAAAAAAAUACUGAAACACAUUUUGGUUAAAACUGAGGUUUAUGGACUUGUCAAAGUCCAUCCAUGGACCCACGCUAGAUCAUCAGUAAUAGUCAAAUUAGCAGCUAGCGUCCCAUGCUUAUUAUGAGCCAGGUGCUGAGCAAAGUGCUGUACAUCAUAAUCUUGUUAAGUCGCUCAACAACCCUAUGAGGUAGGUACUGUUAUUAUUCUGUUAACAGAUGAGGACACUGAGGAAGCCUAGAGCGUUGAAGUGACUUGCCCAAAGUCAGAGUCGGAAUUGAACCUGGGUUUGUCGGCUCCUGAGCUUAGAUCUUGACUGCUGACGUGAAGGCUGGGAUUCUAGGAUGGGGAAAGGAGAAGUGGCAGGCAGGAGGGCAGAUGUAGGAAGGUUUUCAAAGAAAGCCAAGGAGCAGCAGAGCUGGAGGUAACCCGUGGGAAAGAGGGAUAGCGGUGCCAGCUCAGUCCUGAGGUGAUAGGCUUUUGGAGGUGUUUGGAGGUGAACAUUUCAUCUGGAGGCCUUUUGUCUGGCUUCCAGGGGGUGGUUGUCUGUCCCCAUGACCCCCAUCUUAGCGACCUGCUCUGGAGCCUGCUGGGAAGGGGUGGGGCUACUCUGUCUUUUUGGCUUGAUGGUGUUCUACCCCCUUGGCAAGAAGAGCUUACCCCUGACUCUUCGACUCAGCCUCCAGUGUUGUCUCUGGUAUCUGCCCUCCUUCUCCCUUCCCAAGGCCACUGAGAAGCGCCACUGGGCCUUUAUCUCUCCAGGGGAGUUUGGAAGUAGGGACACCCUUUCCAUCCCAGAGAAGAGUACUGGGGCCCAUCUCCUGAGAGCAGAGUGAAACCUGGAAGGCAAAGAGCAUGGGGUGCUUGUUAGGUUCUGGUUUAGAUCCUGAUGGGCAGUACCAUCCAGGAGGAGGUGAUCUGGAUUAGACCAGGCCAUAGCCUCAGGCUGGAAUCUGGAUUUAUGGUGGGUGGGACUUGUUUGUCAUCUAGAAUAGCGGUUGGAAACUUUCUGUAAGUGGUCCAAUAGUAAAAGUUUUAGGCAUUGUACACCAUUGGGUCUCUGUCAUGAAUCCUCACCUCCACCACUGUACCUUGAAAAAAGUCAUAGACAAUGCGUAAAAUGAAUGAGCAUGGCUAUGUUCCAGUCAAACUUGAAUUAUGAAAACAGACAACAGACUAGAUUUGGCCCUCAGGACAUAGUUUGCCAACCCCUGAUCUAGAACUUUAGUCUUCCUACAGACGUCUAGAUCUUUUUUUUUUUUUUGUCUUUUUGCCAUUUCUUGGGCCCCUCCCACGGCAUAUGGAGCUUCCCAG